UCCACGUGGAUAAAGUCGCGAGUAAUAGUGACUAUAUUUGCCUGAUUAUACAACAGUUUUACUGCGAACUAAUUAAUUUACAUAUCUGUGGCGACAUUACAACAUUCAGUAUAAUGCCGGGUCUCAAGCAGUAUUCAAGAAUGAUUUCAUUAUAUCUGCUCAUACUUUUUAACCUAACAUUUUCAAAUCCAAUACCCAAGGAAUAUGUGAUACAGAAAUUAAUGAAUGAUUCUACGGUGAAAUUAUUGCAAGAAUAUAUAAGAAUAGAUACAAGCCGUGAAGAAAAUGUUGAAUCAGCUGUUUUGUUUUGGAAACGGCAGGCAGACGCUUUAAAUCUGCCAUUUGCAGUACACCGACCAGCAAAAAAGCCGAUCUGUGUUAUAACAUGGACAGGCUGCAAUCCUAAACUACCGAGUAUUAUAUUAAAUUCACAUACAGAUGUCGUAACAGUCGCAAAGCAAGAAUGGACACAUGAACCGUUUUCAGGAUAUAUCGACGAGAACGGAGAUCUAUACGGCCGUGGGGCUCAGGACACCAAAGCACUUAGCAUCACCUAUAUAGAGGCCAUCAGGACUCUCAUAGAAGAAGGCGUUAAAUUACAGCGAACUAUUCACGUGCUUCUGAUGCCAGAUGAAGAAACUGGCGGUUUUAAUGGUAUGAUACCCUUUGUUGAAACUGAAGAAUUUCGUGCCUUAAACCCUGGAUUCUUUUUCGACGAAGGUUUAUCGUCUCCUGACGGCAAACUGUACGCUACAUAUCAAGAUAAAAGACCUUGGCAGCUUAAUGUAACACUUCACGGAAAAAGUGGCCAUGGAUCUACAAUUACAGAAGAUAGUGCUAUGGAAAAGUUGCAACGGUUAUUGGAUAUUACAAGAGAAUUCAGGAGACAACAGAAAAAAAUUAUGAGUUCCAAGGAGCCAACUGAUUACGGGUCUUACUCAACCCUUAAUGUUAAUAUAAUUAAUGGCGGCGUUGCUACGAACAUAAUACCCAGUAAUGUUAAUUUGGUAAUCGACAUGAGGCUCGCGACAUCUGCUCAAGUUAGUGACGUCAAUGCUAUGAUACAGUCUUGGAUUGAGCAGGUAGGCAAUGAUACUGAAGUCUCGUUCAUACGGAAAAUAGAAGUGUCGGAACGCACUAUCCUGGAUGGAUCUAAUCCGUACUGGGUAGCUUUAGUUAGCGCUCUCAGAGAUAUGGAUCUACAGAUAGAGCCGAUCGUGUGUCCUGCCACGUCCGACAUGGUUGUAGUGAGGAAUAAAGGAUUCCCUGCGAUUGGUUUUGCCUACAGACCUUAUACCGUGCCGCGAAUACACGCUGCAGAUGAAUAUAUAAACAUAGCUAUAUUUCAACAAGGAAUACGAGUGUACGCUAACAUACUGAAAAGGGUAGCCAAUUUGACAUAAUCAUGUGUCGUAAUUUAUAAAGCAAAAUGUGUUUUCUUGGUAGAAAACUACAAUAAAACAAUAAUCUAUUUUUAUUU